CGAUUUUCGACCUUAGCAUUUGGUGCAAUGUAUUGAUUGAACACAAAAACUAGGGCAGACUAUUUACCAAAAAUGGACGACCGCACCGUGGACCUGAUCUUCACGGGGUCGCUGAAGCUGCUGCCGCCGGUCAGCUCCAAGAUCGUGAGGAUAUUCACCAGCAGCACCUUCACAGACACUGCGAUGGAACGAAACACUCUGAUGGCAAAGUGCUACCCGCGCAUCAAAGACUACUGCCGUGAGAAGCACGGCUUGGAGUUUCAGGUGGUGGACAUGCGUUGGGGUGUGCGCGACGAGGCCACAGACGAUCACAUGACGACGGAGCUGUGUAUGCGCGAGAUCAAGAACUGCCAGCGACUGUCCAUGGGUCCCAACUUUGUCGUGUUCCUUGGACAGAAGUAUGGAUACAGACCAAUACCAACAUACGUGUUGUCAUCGGAACUCCAAAUGCUUCGGGACGAACUGGCUGCGGGCGGCGUUGACGUGAUACUCCUGGACACGUGGUAUAAGAAGGACUCCAAUGCGGUGCCUCCCGUGUCCGUUCUGCAGCCGAUCUCCUCCAUCCUCGUGAAUUUUAACAAUAAGAGGGUGCCAAAGCUCCAGGCGGAGGACCAGGCGAUCUGGUGGGACACGCUGGGCAAGAUGCAGAAGCUGUUCAGGAAAGCCUCCUCCCAGCUCUACAACGCCGGCAAGAUUGACAAAGAUACCAUGCACAAUUAUUUUAUGUCCGUAACUGAACGAGAAGUAAUCAACGGGGUGCUCAACGUGAAAAACACCAAAAACCACUGCCUGGCCUACGUCAGAUACAUCAACAACAUCAACCUUCAAAACCUGAAGAAGGCUGGCAACUACGUGGAUAUUCUAAACAGGAGUUUGGACACGGAGGCUUCUAAGCUGCUGGCGGAUUUACGAGAUGUGAGGCUACCGGAUAAAAUUGAGACGACUAACAUACAGAAAUACACAGUGGAAUGGAUCGGGCGCGAGGGUCUGGACAACGAGACGCACGGCGAGUACCUCAACCACUUCAUAUCGCACUUCUACAAGAAUAUCAUCAAGCUGGUCGAUAGGGCGAUGCGCAAAGAGGACAGCAGCGCCCAGGGUCAGAUAGUGACGGAGAUCCUGCAGCACCUGCACGCCUGCAACAACUCCGUCAAGGUGUUCCACGGGAGAGAGGGGGAUUUGGAGUUCAUUGGCAACUACAUGACCAACAGCUCAGAUAAGCCGCUAGUGUUGUAUGGAGAAGGUGGUUGUGGCAAAACGAGUCUCCUGGCGAAGAGUUCCGCGAUGUCUUUGGACACGUGGUUCGCGGAUGUUAAGCCCACCAACAUCAUUCGGUUCCUGGGCACCACCCCCGACUCCAGCGCCUUGACGCCGACACUGAUUUCUAUAUGCCAGCAGAUAUCCUACAACUUCGCGCUGCCCUUUGAGAGCAUCCCUGACGAUCUGGUGCCGCUGACAGCUCACUUCAAGCAGAUGCUGACGAUGGCCAGCCAGCAGCAGCCGCUGCUACUGUUCCUGGACUCCGUGGACCAGCUUACUGGGAUCGGUACAGAGAACAAUAAAGUGUCAUGGCUGCCGACGAGGCUGCCACCGCAUUGUAAGAUCAUAGUAACAUGCGCAUGCGAAGAAGCCAACCCCGAGGUAUCCAAGGAGUAUGACGUUCUUCGUCGUAUGAUUGACUCUGAAGACAACUUUUUGGAAGUCAAAGCGCUGGGAGAGGACUUGGCUAUGCAGGUUUUGAAAUUAUGGAUGGCAGCGGCCGCAAGAGAUCUCUCUAACUACCAGUGGCGGCUUGUGUCUAACGCUAUAGGCCAGUGCUCUCUGCCUAUAUUCGUCAAGUUGGUCUUCGCUGAGGUGUGCAGAUGGAGGAGUUACACCAAGCCUCAAGACACCCACCUGGCCUCCACUGUCAUGGACUCCAUCAUGAUGCUGUUCGAGAGGAUCGAGAAACAGCAUGGUCGUCUGCUAGUAUUCCACGCGUUGGCCUACAUCACAGCUGCUCGGAGUGGUCUUUCCGAGACGGAACUAGAAGAUCUUAUCUCUUUGGACGACAAAGUACUCGACGACGUGUACCAGUACCAUCUACCGCCGGUCAGGAGGAUACCACCUUUGCUGUGGACUCGUAUCCGCAACGACCUCCCCAACUACCUCUCGGAGCGCGAAGCUGACGGCGUGUCGGUGAUGAACUGGUACCAUCGCCAGUUCCGCGACACGGCGCGCGAGAGAUACUUCAAGAACAUGAACAUGGCCAUGUACUUCCACUCCAUGAUCGCUGAUUACUACUUAGGUAUUUGGGGUGGAGGAACACCAAAACCAUUCAAAUACACAGAAAUACAGAGGCAUAGGUUCAACUUAGCGGACAAGGAGGGUGUAGCUGAUCGCAAAGUACCGCUACAGCCUUUAGUGUUUACAUCAGCUGAUGGUGCUAGCAAGCGGUAUAAUUUACGAAAGUUUGGUGAGCUCCCUUUCCAUCUAGUUAGAUCACGCCGACUGACAGAUCUAUAUGCCCAAGUACUAUUCAACUAUGAAUGGUUACAUGCCAAGCUAAGUUGCUGUCCUCUGCAGGCUGAGCUAGCCGACUUUGAAGAUGCAAAACAGCAUGUCAAUAAAGAUGCUGUGAGAGAACUAAUGCUGGUAGCAGACGCAUUGCGUCUAGGUGGAGCUAUUUUAGUCGCCUAUCCAAACAUGCUCGCUCCACAACUGGUGGGCAGGCUAUUACCAGAAGCACCCAACAAUCCAGCAGUAGCGUCAUUGCUACAGCAGUGUCAUGACAAAGGGAAGAAUCACUGCGCUUUGUUACCUUCUCAUCAUUGCUUGCAUACCCCUGGUGGACCUCUUAAGUAUUCUCUGGAAGGCCAUCAAUUCGCCGUGUUCGCAUUUCGGCUGAGUUCUGACAAGCGUUACGUUGUCUCCAUAUCCAGUAGGGUCAUAUCCUGGGACCUCUCUACCUCUGACCUCGCCCGUGACCUCUGUCCCCAAUUGGAGGGUAUAAUGCAGAACUUGGAACUAUCUCCAGAUAACAAAUGGGCUGCAGCGUCUACCAACAAUUCCGUUUCAAUACUGCUGAAUAUGCUAACUAGUGAAUACGUAACAAUAGAGAAUCCUUUGGAUGAAGGCGAAACAGUUCGUGGUGUAAGCGUGUUAAACCACCACAUGUUCAUAUACGGGCCGCGCUCGUGGGUCCAGUACACCAUGCGAGGGGAGCUGGAGAACACCACACCCGCACCUGGCGCCGCCCCAUAUGAUGACGUUAGCUGGGAUAUACUGUCGAUCGAAUUCCGUGACCUGGAGAACAUAUUCCUGGUGAUGUGGAGCGGUGACCUUGAUGAUGAUCGUCUGCUGGUCCAGUUCUGUAAAGCCGGUUCCUGGGUCAGACCGCUGCGAUGCCGUGGCGCAGUCGCCAUCAGCAAAUAUUGGAACAAGAUCUACACCAGUGACCCAGAUAGAGGAUAUCAGAUUUCUAUAUUUCAACUAAACGAAGAAGAAUUAGUAUGGGAUAAAAUAGAAGAGCUCCAUCAUUGUGAGACCGACACUGCUGAGGCGAUGCUUCAGCUGAAAAGAGGAAAGAAAGAUCGCAUGCUUUUAGCUACAACCACGUAUAGCUUCGUCGUUUGGGACUUCGAUAAUGCCAUCCCAAGGGGUGGACAUAAUGUUAAACAAACAGAUGAAGAAGACAAAGAAGAAAAUGAGGAGGAAGAAAAAUUGGAUUCGCUCCAGGAAAAGAAUCAGCACUUGGAAGGAAUAGUUCUGAAACUUCCUCAUACCAUACGCAAUAUAUCAACCAAGAUGACUCAAUCAAAUUCUUUCAUGAUUAGCAAUAAUAACACUUAUGCUGUAGCAGGUGUAAGGAAAAAUCUUUACGUGUGGAGUUUAGAGACGACGAAACUUAUCAAAGUGUUGGAUGCACAUUUCGGGAGGAUAGUGCAGUUGGAACCGUUAACUGUUGGGGCUUGGAACAAUGUUAUCACGUCGUCAAUAGACAGGACCGUGAAGAUCUGGAAUAUUGAUAAUAUAUUUGAACAGGUUCAUAAGAUCGAUCGCCAGGAGCUUCCCAUUGAUUCGAUUAGUCUUGCAAGAGAUCAACAACUAGCAGUGACAGUGACUCGUAGUUGCUGGGGUCUUUGGGACACCAGCACUGGCAAACUCUUAGCCCAAGUGGCUGAUGCACCAGUAGGCGCCAUAGUCACUCAUGCUGUUAUCACACCAAAUGGAGAAAACGUCAUCACUGCAGAGUCAGGAAAUGUAGUUAUAUGGGAUACUCCUGAAAGACAGGCAGUUUUCAAAGAAGAACAAAAAGGCGUAAAGCAAAUUUUACUAUUAGAAGAUGGCACUAAAUUGAUAACAAUUUCUAUGAUAGUUGGAGCUGAUAAUGUUGAUAAUUUGGCAGUAGCACAUAUCAUUGCUAGGACAAUACCUGAAGGAGAAAGAAUCUACACCAUAGACUAUGAAGUGAGAGGGACUGGAUAUCGGGCAGCAGUAGUUUCUGCCGAUGAGCAUCAUCUAGUUGCUCCAGGAGUAGAUAAGUCUUCGAGAGAUUGUCUUCAUGUCUUCCACGCUAGAACCGGAGCUAAAUUACAUAGGAUACCAGUAAAAAAUAGUGGCAUAAAGGACAUGCAGUCGAUUGUAGCGUUACCACACAAGCCGCAUUGGGUAGCCGUUGUUGGCAACGAUAAGGCUGGCAUACUGGAUAUCAAAACAAAGAGACACGUCAGAUUCGUCCCGCGUUGGAAUGGUGCUUGUACCAAAGACGGAAAGAUUGGACUUUGUGCCCCAACUCGUGGAGGUCUUGAUCUCAUUGAGCUGAAGCGAGGCACGUCAGUCCAGCAGCUCAUUUCCAGGGCGGCUGAGGGUGUCUUCUCCAUCAUAACCAUGUUCAGCUCCACUGACCAUUACGUUUUCUAUUACCAUAGUGGGAGGAAGACUUUGAGGGUUUUCAGAACGAUCGAUGGAAGACCAAUAGCAGAAUACAGAGCACCAGCAGAAGUGACUGGAGUAGCCAGCGCUCAUGGUGGUAAAGCAGUUGCCUUAGCUUCCCAAGACGGAUGCCUUACCGUACUAAAUAUAGUAGACCCGUAUGAGUAGAUAUUGUCACCUUAUAGUUCUAUUAGUGUAAUUGGUAUUUGUAGCUGCUACUUCGACGGUUUUUGUCAAGGCUAUGUAUAUUUUGAUAUUGGAAGGUAUUUUUUUGGUUUAGGAAUUGAUAAAAUCCGUAAAAGUAGUUUGUAAUCUAGUCAUAUUAGGAAGAUACUUAUUUGAAUUACUGUUAUGUAGUUGAAUGUAAUAUGUAAUAAAUUAAUGU